GGUGGGGUUUUGUUCCCUGAGCUCUUCGGUGCGCUGUCCACUUCAGCACCACAAGCCGCGGGGCUGCUAGCUAACGCCGAAGAGGAGGGACGAGAGACGCGCCUCAACAUCAGCACCGACCCGCAGUCCCGAGUCACAGACUACAGCGAAAUAUCCGCCCGGUGCGCCAAACCAGCGAGGCACGAGACCGCAGGAAAAAAGAGCUCAGUAACCAUGUACGAUGCAGCGCGAGUGCCGUCUCCCAAGGAUGGCGCUAACGGGAUGGCCCAGGCCGCGGUCCCCGGCGCAGGAGCAGGAACGGCUGCAGGGUCAGCUGGGCCGACCGCAGUGCUACAAGCUAAAACCGAGGAGGCACAGCCAGGGACUAAGGAGGAAGAGGAUAAUGAGGAUGAGGAGCCCGAGGCAGAGCCCAUCCUGGUGAAAAAGCCACACAGGGAGAUUCUUGACCAUGAGAGGAAAAGGAGGGUGGAACUGAAAUGUAUGGAGCUCCAGGAGAUGAUGGAGGAGCAGGGGUACACCGAAGAAGAGAUUCGACAGAAAGUCAGCACAUUCAGACAAAUGCUGAUGGACAAGGAGGGCGUCAUCACCAGAGAGGGCUCACACACACAACCAGCGGUCGACCACCUGCACUAUCAGCCUGGCGAGUAUGAAGGGAACCCUGAAUUGGUUGGCUACGAAGAGGGGGGCUAUGACCAUGAUUACAACAGUGACAACCGAGCAAAGAGGAAAUCGAGCAGUUCUCCAUCCCCUCGUCCCAAGAAAAGGAAGAAGAAGAAAUCCUGCCACCGAAGGAGUCGGUUCGGCAGCUCCUCACCUGCUCACAGAGAGAAGAAGAAAAAGAGUGGGAAGAAACACAAGCGAGACAGAUCUGCAUCUGGCUCCAGGAAAAAGAGGAGACACAGAUCGGGCAGCUCAAAGAACAAACACAAAGACAAGAACAAACAAAAAAAGAGGUCCCCCGGGGAGACCCCGAGUAGGAGUUCACAGCGUCAAGGCAGCUGCUGUAGCUCCCGUAGCGCCUCCCUGUCCUCCACGCGGAGCAUCUCCAAAUCUCCCGGCAGACCGAACUCCAAGCACAAGACGGAUGGACAAAAGGCCUCCGGCGCCUCGCUGUCGCCCGGCAACAACGCUCCCGCCUCCUGGCACAACGGGGACCACACCCAGCGGAGCCGCAACGGCAAGGCCGGCAGACUCAACCAUGGCGAGGGCGAGAAAGGUCACGAUAAGCUCCGUCUGCUGACCUCUAGCUCUGCAAGCAUCCAGUCCACUCUGCUGGGAGAGCACAAGCUCCACAGCGCCCCCAGCAGGAGCCAAACGGCAGGAGAGGCUGGGAGUGUGGCUGGCAGGAACACCGCCGGUGAGAACCCCGUAACCAAGGCGACAGGGAGGAGAGGGAGCCAGAGAGGCCACAAUAAGACCUCCCGCUCCCCAGCUCACAGCAGCGACUCGGCCCACUUCCAGCACAACCACGGCCACAGAGGGAGGACCUCUCGUCGUCAGAGAAAGACAAAAGGGGGUCACUCUUCCAAACGGCACCAUCGCUCCAGUCGGGGUCAGGCCCACCACCGGAGCCCGUCUGCGUCUCCGGGACGCCACCCGCACGCGUCGGGCAGGAAGAAAGAGGAGUCCCGGGGGAAACCCAACCUCCGGCAGCGCAGCAGCUCCUGGAGCAGCGGCCACUCGUCGUCCCGCUCCGCCUCCAGAGACAGAGGGCCCAGCAAGGCAGAUCUUCACAACAGACAGAACAACUCCAGAGAGAGGGAAAGCCCGAACCACUCCGACACCGACAGCCGAGCUCGCCGCCGCUCACGCAGCUACUCACCGAUCCGCAAAAGGAGAAGGGAUUCGCCCAGCUUCAUGGAGGCUCGCAGGAUCACCAGUGCUCGGAAGCGGCCGAUACCGUACUACCGGCCCAGUCCCUCGUCGUCCAGCUACGACAGCAGCCCGUCGCAGUCCAGCCGCAGCCGCAGCUACAGCAGCUACAGCCGCAGCCGGAGCCACAGCAGAAGCCGGAGCCGGAGCUGGAGCCGCAGCCGCAGCCGCAGCCGGAGCCGAAGCUGGAGCCGGAGCAAGAGUCGCUCCCGCAGCCACCACAGCUACUAUAGCCGCAGCAGCUACGACAGCCCCGGGUUCUGAGCGCGACACGCGGAGGAGUCCUGAUAUGUUUCACUAUGCUCUGGUUUGGUCGGGAUCUUUACCGGGCUCUCCACGAAGCAGCUGCUGUACAGUCCUUGGCCCCACACUCCUUGGUCGGAGACACGUAUCCCUCUCCAACACAGGGCCCGGAUAGAAGAGGAGAAAUAGCACAUUACUAUGAUAUUGGCCGUCGCUGUUCACUAUCUUCACGUUAACAAGGUAUUCAAUGAAAAUGGCUCACAACGCAUUGGAAUAAUCAUUUUCGGUUGAGCCCAAUGAACAAAUCUCGCUGUAUGUUGGCACUUUCUCUUCUUCCAUAACGCAACCAAAAAUGAAUUCAUUAAAAAACUAUAUACUGUCGAAAUACAUUUAUAUAUAUAUAUCCUAACAAAAGGAGCUGAGUAGAAGAUAAAAAGAAGACACAACAACGGCUUGCUGUACAUUUCAGUGUACUCAUCUCCCCAAUGACUUCCAUACCAUUGAAGCGCAGCGAUCAACAGAAGUUAGAACAAAAGAGAAGUUGGGUGAUGAAAUAGUGAGCAAAAAAAGAACAUGUUUUUUUAAGGAUUCAAAUUGUAUAGGUUUGUCUGUAUAGACGUACGGUCUCUUAAGUUCCGGCUUUGUAAACUAUGCACUGUAUAUUCCAUCUGGUUGGACGAGAUUUGUUUAGCAUGACGCAUCAGGAGACUUGCUGCUUGAAGGAGAGUACCUGGCCCCGUGAAAGGUGCCAGGGUGCAUCUGUGCUCCCUGCUGGCCUAUACAGUAAGUCUGCCACCUGCAUACACAGGUAAACGGGAUGGGGGGGAUGGGUGUGAGGGAGGGGUCUAUUUAUUAUGUAACUUUAUUACUCCUCCCUGUUUAAAUUAUCAUGUUGAUUCUGUGUAAGAGUGCGUGUCUGCCUUCUCUGCAAUGACCAGUAAGGUAACUAUUGACAUGUACGGCUGCUCUGUGGUACAUAAUUUAAGAAAACCGUCUGCAAAAAGUCUAAAUGCACACUAUUGUGUUGACCACAGUGAUUUAUGUUUCUACUGUAUUCAUUUGUUUAUUUAUUUAUAUUUAGGUUAUUUAUGAUCUAAUUUAUUACUAUUUAUUAUUAUUAUUCAUUGUUUUUGCCAUGAACAGUAAAGCAAUUGGAUCAUGCCUUGAGGAUGAGAUUGUGAUGCAAAUGUACUGUAUGCUAGCUAUUUUACCCAAUAGUCUGUCAUUGUUGCGAGACCUCGCUGUCGCCCUCAGAUUAGUGAGCAGGGUGAAGAUGCACCACUGUGUGAUUGAAAAUUCUCUGAUUGUAGCCAGUGGGAGGGACUCUAUGCUCAAAAUUACUCCCGCGACCCGCAACUUUUUGCCACGUCAUAGUGGCUCUUCCUGUAUUGAGGAAGGAAAGAUCAGCCAGGAAUCAGGGUCCACUAUCCUACUCUACUUCAUGUCCCCCACGUAUUCUGAUCCUUUGCAUAAUGGGCGGUAACAUAUUUCUGUGCCGUGGUUCAGGAGGAAAAUAUAUUGAUGUAACUUAGCAGAGACAACAGCAGGCUCUGUAAUGACUCCUCUAUCUACAGCUUCGGUGUUGAGGCAAACUAACUGGCGAUACAAUCAGGGAUCACCCUAAGUCUUCCUUUUCCAUUUGUCUGGCCUGAUUUCAUUCACAGUGUUGCAUUCCCAGUGUAACCAGACCUAACCCUACUAUGAUACUCUGCAAACCUAUUCAUUUAUUCCAAGUAUAGCAUUGCCCCUUUGGCUCUACAAGUAAUUUCUUUGUAAUGUACAAGUUAUUAUCCCUGACAAUAAACAGAAACAAAUGGGGAAUUAA